CGGGACCUCAUCAACCAUGCUGAGGUGUUCUCUGACAUCUACAAGAUCAGGCAGGUCGCCAAAGGGCUGUGUCUGGAGGUGGAGGGGAAAAUGGUCAGUAGGACAGAGUGUAACAUUGAUGACUCGCUCACUGGUGGAAUUGCCUCUGCUGAAGGAACUGAGGAGGAAGGUACAGAAAGCAUAGAAAUCACUGGUGUCGAUAUUGUCAUGAACCAUCACUUGCAGGAAACCAGCUACACAAAAGAAGCUUACAAGAAAUACAUCAAAGAUUACAUGAAUUCAAUCAAAGGGAAACUUGAAGAACAGAGACCAGAAAGAGUAAAACGUUUUAUGACAGGGGCUGCAGAGCAAAUCAAGCACAUACUUGCUAAUUUCAACAACUCUCAUCUUCUUACUGGUGAAAAUAUGAAUCCAGAUGGCAUGGUUGUUCUGCUAGACUACCGUGAGGAUGGUGUGAGCCCAUUUAUGAUUUUCUUUAAGGGUGGUUUAGAAAUGGAAAAAUGUUAA